AUGAAUCGAUCGACUUACUCUCGCUUUGUUACUGUUGGGCUCUCUGGUUCUCGUAAUGAAUUUCGACCCGACUACGUGCCCUCAGAUAAUAUUCAAUCUGAAAUCGACAGUGCUCUCAGCGCCAACUAUGAUAGCAUCUCUAUUUCCUUGGCUAAUGAGCGCUGGAAGACUCGUUGGCAGAAGAUGUGUCUCAGUGGUCCCCAGACCCCACCAAAUUAUUCAGAUUCGCUUCAGGGACAACGCUCUCCAGCGCGGAUAAAACUUGAGAACACCGCAUCGGGAUUGUUCAAAGCUCCUUCUGACCAUAAGGAUGCAGAAAUAGAGAUGGAAGCAGAGCUCUGGAGAGCUGGGGGUGGGUUCCAGCGCGACGAAGUCAAUAUCAUGCGGAAUGAUCAAGCCGAACAUGUCAUUGGUUUUAUUUCCGACUGGCUGGAGUUAGAUUCUCAAAUCGAAGGUGUUCGAUAUGACUCUGAAAUAGCACUUAGACAAGAGCUCCAGUAUGCCUCAUACUUGGGAAUAUCAAACGUUAUUUUACCACCUCCAAGGAGGGGCCAAGAGAUAACCACGUAUGCGCGCGCUGUCAAGGAUUGCCUCACAUCCUCUGCUGUCUCCCCGUAUAUGUCGCUUUCUGUCCGUAUUCCGGUAUGCGAUAUUCCGCCCGAAGACGGGAAUGCAGCAAAGGGAGUGAGUGACUAUGAAGAUGAAUUAAGCGCAACCUGGCAAAUGUGGAAUACUAUCAGGAUGGUCUGUGGCCCUACUCAACGAGUAUCCGUCGCUCUCGAUUUAACUCCUGCCCUCCCCGCUUCUUCAGGAGUGCUUGCCCGCUGGAGUGCGGAGCAUGUUCAGCAUUUGAUACUGCCCGCCACCACAUUUAUUCCCAACGGAAAAGGCUAUCCUGUUUUACCAAAACUCACGCAGGGAUUCUUGCGGGAUCUUUUCAAGAAUCGCCCCAACAUCAUUUUAUCCAAAACGCAAGCCAGCCUACACAAUUUAGGCGGGGAACUUGCAUAUAUCCAAUAUGUGAGGCACUUGGAAAAAACAAGCCCAUUCAACGUAGCUAGAGAUGCACCUGAUGGUCUAACCGUUGAGAGCUUUGGACGCGGGUAUGAGGAUUAUCUGCAAGCGCCGCUGCAGCCCCUAAUGGACAACCUUGCGAGCAUGACAUACGAGGUCUUCGAAAAAGACCCGGUCAAAUAUCGGCAAUACGAGCAGGCAGUUUACCGGGCGUUAUUGGAUCAAAGCCCGGAAUCAACAACGAUCAUUUGCGUUGCUGGUGCAGGGAGGGGCCCAAUCGUUUCCAACUGUAUCCGUGCAGUGGAGAGAUCGGGACGAGAUGCACGUAUCUAUGCCAUCGAGAAGAAUCCAAGUGCCUUCGUAACGCUCCAAGGUCGCAAAGCCCGUGAAUGGCCUGACUUUGUGCAUAUUAAAUUUGGCGACAUGCGAACCGUACAAUUACCCGAACCGGUUGAUAUUCUAGUUAGCGAACUGUUGGGGUCGUUUGGGGAUAACGAACUCAGUCCAGAGUGUCUCGAUGGGGCGAUGCGCUUGUUGAAACCCGAGGGGAUCUCAAUCCCUGCUUCCUAUACUGCUUACCUCGCUCCUAUCUCUGCAUCUAGGCUAUACAACGACCCUAGCGGUCUCUUGAGGGAGACCAAAGGCGCUGAAACGCCGUAUGUAGUUAUGUUACAUGCCAUCAAUACGUUAAGCGGGGACGAGGAAGACAAGCACCCCCGAUGCGGCCCUAAAAUCCAAGAUUGUUGGACGUUUGAACACCCCAGGAAGAUUGUGUUAGAUCCGCAGGCAUUGCCGGGUGGAAAAACAGAUCCGAUGGACGCUAGCCCCGUAGCCACAGCGCUUAGAGAGGCCAACGAAGAAAUUGGGUUACCCGUUCCAAGCUCAGCCGUCCAUGUUUUGGGUGUCUUGACUCCAUUUGUGUCGUAUUACAAGCUUGCAGUGACGCCCGUGAUCGCUUUUUUGAGUGAUUUAUCGCUCUUGGAACAUCUCAAGCCCAAUCCCGAGGAAGUAGACGAGAUAUUUGAUCAUCCCUUGGAGGCAAUCCUCUCGCCGGAACUUGCAGCAAGCUUAGCACCCAAGCCCGGUCGACUGUUAUCCGAGCGUGGGAGUGAGAAAUGGCGGUAUGAACCCGAGUAUCAUUACAUGAGAGAUUCGGCAUGGUUACACGGAAGCCAAUACCGCAUGCACAAAUUUCGAUCAGUUACUACACCUAUUAGUGGCCUAACUUCUGAUAUCCUUAUUUUAGCUGCGAAAAUAGCAUACGUCCGGAAUACUGAUUACGAGCGAUACGCUGAAAACCAUGUUACCCCCGAUAUUGCACUUGGGUGGGCCAUGGAACAGCAUGCCGAGGCCGCCAGGGCUACAUCUCAGCCACAGGCAUCAAGUGCUGAAUCACAUAUCGAAGGUCUCGCGGAUUGA